AUGCCACGUCGCAGCCGCCGCGAUCCGGCUGCGCUCUGCGUCCGGCAGCGCGUCCGUACUGGCUGCAAGACGUGCCGCCAGCGCAAGGUCAAGUGCGACGAGGCGCGGCCGUGCUGCCACAACUGCAGCCGUCGCGGUCUGGCCUGCGACAGCGGCCUGCAGCUCAAGUGGCAGCCCGAGUUUGCGAGCCGUGGCCUCGCCUUUGGCCGCCAGGGCUGCUGGGCCAAGCGGGGGCUUUCUGGACAAGGCGACGUUCCAGAGAGACAACAGCUCCUCGGGUCCGCCUCGCCCGUCCUUCCGCCCAUCCACGCCCACCACUUUAUCAACACGCUCUUCUGCGAGCUCGCCGACAGCCACAGCAGCUGUCUUGACUGCGUCGCAGCCACCGGGAUGGGAAUGCUGCUUUCCAGCCGAUCUACCGCGGCAGGUGCUCCGCCGGACUUGGUCCCCCCUCGGACCUACACCCCCUCGUCCUACCCUACGCUUCUCGGCGUCGACGCCGCCCUGCUCGACUACUACCUCGUCCGGCUCUGCCCGCUGACGACGCCGUCACAUCGCCACCCCUCGCCUUUUGCCAGCCUCGUCGUGCCCGUGCUGCACGAGACUGGCCACGGCGACGUGCUGCGGGCGGCCAUGGCCCUCGCGGCCCGCCACUGCAGCAUGGCCGCCGACUCGGACAGCCCGACUGCUGCUGCCUGGGGAAAGACGGCCCUGGAACUGCAUGCGGAUGUCAUGGGCGCGCUCCGACGACGACUGGCCGCCUUGGCGGCUGUCUCCAGCUCGAGCACGAACGCCGCUCCCUGGGAUGCGCAGAUCCUCGUGUUGAUGAUGUUCCUGUGUCUCUACGAGAUUGUCGACAAGUGCGAUCAUCGAUGGGUAAUCCAUCUGCGGGCCAGCCAGGACGUUGUUCGAAGGAGCCGGAACGUGGUUGCUUCACGCGAGAGCGGUUCGAGAAGCACGACCCUCGCCCUGCUUGCCGGCUUUGCCGAGCGCUUCUUCGCCUUCCAGGACGUCAUCAGCCGUGCCGCUUGCGAGAACGCGUCCGUCUUUGGCGCCGACUACUGGGAACAGGUGGCCAUGGCCGAGGCGUCCGAGACCGACGUUCUGGCCAUGGACGUCUGGAUGGGCUGCAGCGCCGGCCUUGUGCGCGUGCUGUGCCGCAUCACCGAUCUGAGCCGUCUGCGCGCCCGCGAAGCCGUCACGCCGGCCUAUUUUGCCGCCGAGGCCGCCGCCCUGGAGGACGAACUGGACCGACUGGACGAGCUAGACGAGCUGCACCGGCUGCAGGAAGACGACGACGAUGGACGGGAUGGACAGGACCCCCUGCUGCAGGCUGCCGAGCUCAAGCGGCUGGCCGUCCGGCUCUACCUCUACUGCGUGCUGCACGAUGCUGCACCGGCGACGCCGGCCGUUGCUCGUCUCGUUCGCACCGUGCUCGAGGGCACAGCUCGUCUGGUGGUCGCCGGUUGCACUGCUGGCCUGUCGUUUCCGCUCUUUGUGGCCGCCGUCGAGCUGGACGCCCAGGACGCGGCCGUGUUUCGGUCGCCGGGAACAGACCGCUACACCCUCUCCGGACGACGGCUCGUGCUCGAGACGCUCGUGGCCAUGGCCCAUUCGUCGCUGGCCAACCUGGCUCGCACCCAAGCAGUCAUCGAAAAGGUGUGGCGCAUGCGCGACUUGGCGCUCGACGGCGACGAGGCUGGACCAGUCGGCCAGGCCAACGACUGGGCCAUCUUUGUGGGACCGUACAGCGCCAACAUCAGCUUGGCUUGA